AUGAAAGAUGCAGCUUUCUGCUACUACUGCAGGUUAUUUUGUUGUGAAAAAUCAGGUCGGGGUGAAGAUAAUUUCACAAGAAAAGGGGUUUCGAACUGGAAGAAAGCUUUUGAAAAAUUCCGAAAGCAUGAAAAAUCAGAGAUGCAUUUGAAAUCAUUGCAGUUUUGGAAUGAGAAGAAAAUUAGUGGUAACACCAUAUGUGGCAAUUUGUCUUAUGCUCAUACAAAGCAAGUGCAACAAAAUAGAACGUAUUUGAGGUUUGUUAUCGAAACUAUUUUGUUUUUGGGUAAGCAAUGCUUAGCUUUGAGGGGUCAUGAUGAAACAAUGUCUUCUCUGAACAAAGGGAACUUCCUUGAGUUGCUACAGCUUCGUGCUAAAGAUAAAGGAGUGGACAUUAUCCAAAUGAUGAGCUCAAAAAUUCAUUCAUAUAAGAGUGGCCAGAUUCAGAACGAAAUAAUAAAUAUCAUAAAAAACAAGAUUGUAGUUGAUAUUGUUAAUGAAAAAACAGGGAUAGAUUUGAGCAAACUGCGUGGACAGGCAUACGAUGGCGCUUCAAAUAUGAGUGGAAAAUUUAACGGAGUUGCUGCAAAAUUCAAAGAUGAAGAACCAAGAGCACUAUACACACUGUCACGCUCAUCUUCUUGA